UUAGUGUGCACAAUUAUUAGGCAACUAUUACUGUGCACAAUCAUUAGGCAAUAAUUAGUGUGCACAAUCAUUAGGCAAUUAUUACUGUGCACAAUCAUUAGGCAAAUAUGUAUGUGCACAAUCAUUAGGCAAUUAUUAGUGUGCACAAUCAUUAGGCAAUUUUUACUGUGCACAAUCAUUAGGCAAUUACUAGUGUGCACAAUCAUUAGGCAACUAUGUAUGUGCACAAUCAUUAGGCAAUUACUAGUGUGCACAAUCAUUAGGCAAUUAUUACUGUGCACAAUCAUUAGGCAAUUACUAGUGUACACAAUCAUUAGGCAAUUAUUACUGUGCACAAUCAUUAGGCAAUUAUUACUGUGCACAAUCAUUAGGCAACUAUGUAUGUGCACAAUCAUUAGGCAAUUAUUAGUGUGCACAAUUAUUAGGCAACUAUGUAUGUGCACAAUCAUUAGGCAAUUAUUAGUGUGCACAAUCAUUAGGCAAUUAUUACUGUGCACAAUCAUUAGGCAACUAUGUAUGUGCACAAUCAUUACGCAACUAUGUAUGUGCACAAUCAUUAGGCAAUUACUAGUGUACACAAUCAUUAGGCAACUAUGUAUGUGCACAAUCAUUAGGCAAUUAUUACUGUGCACAAUCAUUAGGCAACUAUGUAUGUGCACAAUAAUUAGGCAAUUAUUACUGUGCACAAUCAUUAGGCAAUUAUUACUGUGCACAAUCAUUAGGCAACUAUGUAUGUGCACAAUCAUUAGGCAAUUAUUAGUGUGCACAAUUAUUAGGCAACUAUUUGUGUGCACAAUCAUUAGGCAAUUACUAAUGUGCACAAUUAUUAGGCAAUUAUUAGUGUGCACAAUUAUUAGGCAAUUAUUAGUGUGCACAAUUAUUGGGCAACUGUUUAUGUGCACAAUCAUUAGGCAAUUAUUAGUGUGCACAAUCAUUAUGCAACUAUUUAUGUGCACAAUCAUUAUGCAACUAUUUAUGUGCACAAUCAUUAUGCAACUAUUUAUGUGCACAAUCAUUAUGCAACUAUUUAUGUGCACAAUCAUUAUGCAACUAUUUAUGUGCACAAUCAUUAUGCAAUUAUUAGUGUGCACAAUCAUUAUGCAACUAUGUAUGUGCACAAUCAUUAGGCAAUUAUUAGUGUGCACAAUCAUUAGGCAAUUACUAGUGUGCACAAUUAUUAGGCAAUUAUUAGUGUGCACAAUCAUUAGGCAAUUACUAGUGUGCACAAUUAUUAGUGUGCACAAUUAUUAGGCAACUAUUUAUGUGCACAAUCAUUAUGCAACUAUUUAUGUGCACAAUCAUUACGCAACUAUGUAUGUGCACAAUCAUUAGGCAAUUACUAGUGUGCACAAU